UUGAUCGAUUAAAUCUCGGGAUUUGGCUUGCAGUUCACACUUGACUUCACACAGGGAAGAGAGAAGACGAUCAAACGACGAGUAGUUUAGAAUCGGAAAUGGCGAGUGGCGGAGGAGGAUACGGAGAUGCGAACCAGAAGAUAGAUUAUGUGUUUAAAGUGGUGCUGAUUGGAGACUCAGCAGUUGGAAAAUCGCAAAUACUGGCAAGAUUUGCAAGAAAUGAGUUCAGUUUGGAUUCAAAGGCUACUAUAGGAGUUGAGUUUCAGACUCGGACUCUGCUUAUCGAGCAUAAGAGUGUCAAAGCUCAGAUCUGGGAUACUGCUGGACAAGAACGAUAUAGAGCAGUUACAAGCGCAUAUUAUAGAGGUGCCGUUGGAGCAAUGCUGGUGUAUGACAUCACCAAACGCCAAACUUUUGAUCACAUACCGCGUUGGCUGGAAGAGCUGCGUAGCCACGCUGAUAAAAACAUAGUUAUCAUUCUGAUUGGUAACAAAAGCGAUCUUGAGAACCAGCGCGUAGUCCCAACUGAGGAUGCCAAAGAAUUUGCUCAAAAGGAAGGGUUGUUCUUCUUAGAGACUUCCGCGUUGGAAUCUACUAAUGUUGAGUCGGCAUUCAUGACUGUGUUGACAGAGAUCUUUCACAUUGUUAACAGGAAGACCCUGGCUGCUGGUGAAAAUCAAAACGGACAACCUGCUUCCUUGGCAGGCAAGAAAAUUAUCGUUCCGGGCCCUGCACAAGUGAUUCCAGAGAAAAGCAAGUGUUGUAGCUCUUUGUAAGUUCAUUAGACCACGGGCUCCAUAAAUGUGUGUUCUUCUCUUUUGGCGUUAUACUAGCUGCAAUUUUUUGAAGGUGUGAUGUGUUUUAUUGUAAAUUUUCCAUUGGCUUAGUUUAGUUUGCAAAGGCAGAUAAUUCAUGAAUCUGAAUUGCUUAUCAAACUCGUUCAUUAUUAUAUUGAAAGGUAGAAGUUUCGAACC